UCGACCACCAACUAAAGGCGUCAAUCAAUCCAGGUUUCCAAUCCCGACUCCCCGCCCCGAGCCCACUCCUUAGCCCUUGCCUUUCACCGAUGCAAUGCGUUCGAGUAAGAUCUUGAUCCCCCGAGCGCAACAUUUGACCACAAUUUCGAGCUCUCGAUCCCGCUCAGUCCAGGCCUGUGAUCUGUGUCGAAAACGCAAGGCCAAGUGCAAUAGGGCCAAGCCAUGCCUCUACUGUGAAGGGCUGGGCCUGGAAUGCACGUAUACCGAGGUGAAACGGCCUAGGGAGGUGGACCAGUUGCGGAGCCGAAUUAAUCGCCUUGAGCGCGUGAUCAAGCCCAUCUUGUCCCGAGCAAAUCCCACAUCAUCCGUAGUACUUGCGGAGCGUCCAGAUGCUCCGAGUAGCCUGCUACGGCAGAAUUCUCCAGGGAAUCUAUACAGUGCGCUGGGACAGGUGGACCAUGAACUCAGCGAUCUGCAUCAUAUCUACCAAGCUAUCCAGGAAUGCGAUGUGGAUAUACUGCCAGAGGUGGUAAACACAAUCCGUUACAGUGCAUCAGUGCAUGAUGCCGCCACCCGUCUGGGUAGACAGUUGCCAUCACAUCAAGCCCCUAUGACCCUCGAAAGAAUGCAGCAGGUCUGGCUGACUCGGAUGUCCGGUCAAGUCGAGACGAUCGAGCAACAGCCGCCAUAUAGCGUCCUUACAACCAAUUUAUGGUCGACGUUGGUUUCGGAUGCCACUGCUUCGCAUUUGUUCCCACUUUACUUUGCUUGGGACAAUCCUACCUGGCGGCACUUUUCGUACGACCUCGAGAAACCCUGGGACCGUCGGAAAGAGAUAGGUACCGCAAAACAGCUUUUCCGAGUGAUCGAGAAACUUUGGGCUCGCGAGAAGACCCGAAUCUGCAUCCCUACCAAAGGACAAGGUCUACAUACUUCGUCGGCGAGAGUUCUUCGCGAUAACCCGCAGGCGCAUAAAGCCAUUGCCUGUGCGGUCUACGAUAUGGAGUUAAUGUCAGUGCAAAUACUAAAAAUGCCCUCGGUGUGGCCGGGCCCGCCGGAAGUAUUCCUGGACGAAGACGAAGCAUUUGCUGCCGAUCUCAACGAACAGUGGACCCCAUAUCCUUUCACAAUUCCCGUUUACCGACCAUAUACGAACACUAGAAGCUGGGCCCGUCGAAAUCUUCUCAUCAUCGUAAAUGACAUGGUCAAGCUAUCAUUCACUUUGGGUAAUCUGACCGACCUGGACGACUGGCAGAGGGGAACCGCCUGCUACACGAGAUUUGAUACUUUUAAACAGGCUCCCCCGGCCGUACUGGACGUUGAAACAAACAAAUCACCGCAUAAUAUAUGUCUACACCUAUACUACCACGCGACGGUCGUCAACCUCUGCGGCCCAUUCAUCUCCCGCCGAAGUAAUAUUUCUAAAAAAUCACUAGCUGCCUUCACCAAUUUCGACCCACGCAAAAUUCUAGGGGAAACAAUGGACUCAAUGGGGGCCCUGGUCCUGAUUUACCGUGCUUGUCAUGGCUGGAAAUCCGUCCCCGUGGCCAUGAGUCAUUAUUUCUUCAUGGCGGGUAUCCAUGCAGCCUCACAUUUAGAACUUUCCAGAUGGCGUGAGAUUCUGGUCACCUGCGUCGCAGGUCUCUGGCAUAUGAGUCUGACGUGGCGACUCUCUCGGGCUUUCUUGCGGACGAUAGAGCUGGUGCUCAAUUCGAGUGCGGAUGCCACAUAUAUUCCCAAACAGGUACAAUCUAUUUUGAGAGAGCAUCACGAGAAGGUUUGGACUCGGGUUGAAGUUGAUGGGCUGGGGGCCAAUUAUGUCGUUCAUCAUUAUCUCAACUUGGAACUCGAGGCGGGGAGCGGCAAUGGCCCUUUUCAUGGAGAGAGUCUGGAAACGGUCAUUCGGGCGUUUGAUAGAUUGGGUACGGAUUAUAGUGAAAGUGAUGUUACUCUCGCCCUCUCUACUUUCAUCCUGGUAGAUGUAUACCCCUACGCGAAGGGUCAACCCUAUCUCGCGAAGCACACCAUCGACGGUCGCAAUUAG